AUGGCGUCCGUCACGGACAAUGGGCACGUCCCAGAAGCAUUCGCAACGAACAACGGAGUGAAGAAGGGCCGUGUACUCGUAUCUUCUGUCUCCUCUAAUGAUCUCUUUAGGAUCCUCAUCGUCUACAUAGCCGAUGGCCAUCUCCUUAAUAGCCAGCGCGUGCAGGCCCCCAACGCGUCUACCCACGACUACUCUCCAAGACCUGCCCUUCGCAGACAACUGCGCUCCCAACACCGCGACAGAAGCGAAUAUACAAAGGAGUAA